UUUUAUUUUGCUCGUCGAGGUUAUACAUUUUUAAAUACGUAAAUUCCAUUUGAGUGUUUAUUAUAAACAAGAAAUAGUAGAAAAAUUUACACAAUGAACAGUACGCGAUCAUUAGUGUUACAGACUUUCAAAAAGUUACACAAAACAAGAAUGAAAGUUUUUGCAGGAGAUGAAAGAGCACUGGUAGCUGGAAGACUUAAAAUUAAUGAAGAGUUUCAAAAAAACAAACAUGUUACCAAUGAAGAAGCAAUAAAGGCUAUGAUCAAACUUGGUGAAGAUGUAGAGAAAGAGCUACGGACACAAGUUAUUCAAGCUCGGGAAGUCAAACCUGGAGUAUUUGAGGCAAGGAUCACCGAUGAUACAGUGAAGUUAGAAAAUAUACCGUUUAAUGACAAUGCAGUAUUAGAUGAUGGGACAACUGUAAACAGGCCAUGUUGUCAAGACAAAGCUCAAAAUAAAUAGUUAUAAUUAUUAUCCAGCCAUUUUUGAGGAAAAUACUAAUAAUGUAUUGAGCAAAAUGUAUCUAAAUUAAGCAUUACUUGCUUAGUUAUUUUUGUUAUUUAGUUUUUAGUUUUACUUUUAGGUUAUAAAUGAAAUUAUGUAGCAUAAUAGGUUUGAAUACAAAUCAUUCAAUUUGAAACUAGACAAA